GGCCUUCUGACUACUUGCUGUUCUGAAGUUCGUCCUCAGUGUAGGUCAACAGUCAGAACAGCUGCUAUACAAUGGCUGCCUUCCUUCAUCACUGCCCCUUCCUGAAGUCUGCGUCUAUGCCAGCCUUAAGGAGAACAGGAGCCGCCUUGCUCUGUCUGGCUGAUCAAUGCCCCAUCAUCGCUCGCCAGAUCAGUGUGAGCGUCUCACCCACCCAACCAAAGCCACUGUCUACUGUGGAGCAGAGGAGGCUGUUCGCUCAGAGGGCUACUCAGGUGGCUGUGUCCGUAUCCAAGGGCUGCCCCUUCGUCACCUCUCAGAUAGGGAUUGUUCGAGCCAGCCCUGAGGUACAGGAGGAUGUACAAGAAGUCGGCCCAAGCUACGACUAUGAGCGCUUCUUCAUGGAGAAGAUUUCUGAGAAAAAGAAGGACCACACAUACAGAGUCUUCAAGACGGUGAACAGGAGCGUUGAGGAGUUCCCCUUCGCAGAGGAUUACUCCAUCUCUGGGCGGGGGGGCUCCCAGGUGUCCGUCUGGUGCAGCAACGACUAUCUAGGAAUGAGCCGGCACCCACGGGUUCUCGCUGCAAUCAAAGAUGCUGUUGAUUGGCACGGUGCAGGCGCAGGCGGGACCAGGAACAUCUCCGGCACCAGUAACUUCCAUGUGUCUCUGGAGAAUGAGCUGGCUCAGCUUCACCAUAAAGACGCAGCGCUGGUCUUCUCCUCCUGCUUUGUUGCAAAUGACUCCACCCUCUGCACUUUGGCUAAGAUGCUGCCAGAGUGCGAGAUCUACUCUGAUGCAGGGAACCACGCAUCAAUGAUACAGGGCAUCAGGAACAGCGGAGUCAAGCGCUUCAUCUUCCGCCACAACGACAGCCGACACCUAGAGGAACUGCUGCAGCGCUCCGACCCCAAGAAACCUAAAAUAGUGGCAUUCGAAACUGUGCACUCGAUGGACGGUGGUAUAUGUCCUCUGGAGGAGCUGUGUGAUGUUGCUCAUCGUUACGGAGCGCUGACAUUUGUUGAUGAAGUUCACGCAGUGGGCCUGUACGGAGCCCACGGAGCCGGAGUGGGAGAGAGGGACAAUGUUAUGCACAAGAUUGACAUUGUUUCUGGGACCUUAGGCAAGGCCUUCGGCUGCGUUGGAGGCUACGUAGCCGGCAGCGCUGCCCUGGUGGACAUUGUACGCUCCUUUGCACCCGGCUUCAUCUUCACCACCGCCCUGCCCCCAAUGGUCCUGGCUGGAGCACUGGAGUCUGUCCAGGUCCUGAAGAGCCCCGAGGGCCAGGUGCUGCGCAGGUCCCACCAGAGGAACGUCAAACACAUGAGGCAGCUGCUCAUGGAUAAGGGCCUUCCUGUGGUCAACUGUCCCAGCCACAUCAUCCCCAUACAGGUGGGCAAUGCUGAGCUGAACACCAAAGUGUGCGACACUCUGCUGGAGAAACACAGCAUCUACGUCCAAGCCAUCAACUACCCCACAGUGCCUCGUGGGGAGGAGCUGCUGCGCCUGGCUCCGUCUCCUCAUCACAGCCCCGCCAUGAUGGAGUACUUUGUGGAGAAACUGUGUGAGGUGUGGCAGGAGGCGGGGCUCCUAGUCAACAGCCCGGCCACAGCUUCCUGCACCUUCUGUGACCGCCCGCUGCAUUUUGACCUGAUGAGCGAGUGGGAGAAGUCCGUCUUCGGAAAUAUGGAGCCACAAUACAUUACUGUUAUGGCAUAAUACCAAAGAACAUGUAGCAUCUCAACACAAGUUACACAGCCAGUAUAAAGUCCUUCUUCAGCUGCACUGAGAAGAGCACUGAAUUUCUGAUUUGGUUCUUGUGUUAAAACCUGCUUAUAUACACUAGUAUGUUUUCCUGUAUUUAUGAUUACUAAAUUUAGUUUGCUGUCAUUGAUCUGAUCAAAGACAAUUGUGCCUUCUUCAUUUCAAAAGCACAAAACCUGCACAUUGGACACUUUCUUAAAUAUCUAAUCUAGGUGUGAUUGUUUGCAUUAAGCAAUAAUUAAUUUCAUUUUGCAUGAUUAUCUUUACCAUAUAAUGAUCAAGCCCAUCAUCUGUUGUUUACAUAAUUACAUUAGUGAUAUUUCAGACGUCAAAUGUAUGAAGUGCUAUUGUUCAAUCUUUUCAUAAAAUACAGGAUAAUAAAACAAUCAAUAAAA